AUGCCUGAAUCACAAUCUAAGAGUUUCUCUUACAAACUACUCCCAUAGUCUUCUAUUCAUUAAAAUUGUUCAUCUCGAGCUAUGGCAAUUAAUAAAAGUAAAACACUACUUUUAGUUUAAAAAGAAUCCUUCAUUAAAUGUUUUGCAUUUAAAAGAGGAGAAAUAAAAUUAUUGUAGUUAUUUCAUUUUGGAAAUGCAACUGUCAAUACCUUGAAUUUUCAAAUGCAGAAAUAAAAUAUAAUUUCUGGCUCAGAUAAAUUCAUUUGUAAAUAUUCAUCAAACUUAAUGGCUAAUCCAAAAUAUAUUUAAAAAUGCUUUGGAUAAUUUAAUACUAUGUGCCUAAUUUUACACCCUUUGAAAGAAGAUAUUAUUAUUAUAGGUAGUAAAAUUGGUCCAAUUCACUUUUUAUUUACUAAUUAGAUAGGAAGUAACAAACCUUUUACAUAAACUAUUUAAGAACAUAAUAAUGUUUUAGGACUAUCAAUAAAUGAUUAAGGUACUAGAAUUAUAUCUUGUGGAAAAGACAAUUUCUUAUUAAUUAUCGAGCCAAAUUAGUCAAAUUCUGAAUUAUAAAAAUGCAAUUGGAUUGUAAAAUAAAGACUUAUUGUUGAGCAAUAUGGUUAUAGAAUAUGUUUUAUUAAUAAUAAUUAAUUUACAUUCCAACCAUCUAAUAACUCUUACAUAAAUUACUAUUGUGAAAUAAAUGGUAUGUUUUACAAAUAAAGUUAACAUUAAAUACCUUCUAAUAAAUAAGAUUCUUUUUGUAUCUUUUAAUAAGUGUACAAUUAGUAGAAGUCCCUUAUUUUCAAUAUAUAUGGAAGAGUGUUAUAGAUAAUUAAGUUUUCAAAAGAAAAAUCUUUAAAUUCAGACCAAACUGAUUAAUUGUUCUAAUUAGAAUAACUUAUUGAUUUUGGAGAAAGAUAUAAUCCUUGGAUUUAUGGAAUAAUAAGUGAAGACGCAGAAUAUAUAAUAACUUGGGAUUUUGAUUCAGAGUAAAUAUAAAUUAGGUAAUUUUAAAAUAAUUAAUGA